AUGAAACCACGUGAAGAAGUUGUGAUUCAACGGUACAUUGAUAAAUGUGCCGCAUUCUAUGGUGUGUCUUCGAUUAUUUUCUAUUUUAUUGUGGUAGCAGCCUGCGCGAUAGCUCCCAUGAUACAUCAACCAUUUCCAAUGUUAAUCGAAUAUCCGUUCGAUGUAUAUUAUGAGCCUUUAAGAACAAUUAUUUACGCACAUCAAGCUAUAGUCGGAUUCAUAGUAUCGGGACAAUUAUGCUUAAAUACUUUCGUGGCUACUUUACUCUGGUUUGCAUCAGCAAGAUUUGAAAUAAUUAUCGAAGAUCUGAGAACUUUCACAAAUGUCUAUCAAUUGACCAAAUGUAUUAAAGAACAUCAAAAAAUACUUGAGUACACAGCAGAAGUUAUUAUUGUUGCUCGUUGCUUUGCAUUAACAUGUAUAUGUUGUAGUACGAUUAAUUUAAUAAUAAUUGGUGUUUCAUUUCUUACCAAUCAAUCUCUAGUAUUGAGGUUCAAAUAUACCUUCAUGAUUCUAGCUUGUUUAGCAGAAGUAUUUAUGUUUGCUUGGCCGGCAGAACGUUUGAUUUUCUUAAGCAAUGAUAUCUCUCAGGCUGCUUUUGAUACACACUGGUAUAAUCAAUCUGAUGAAAUACGGAAACUUCUGCAAAUUAUCAUGUUGAGAAGUCAAAAAGUAGUAACGAUUGCAGUACCAUGUAUUACUCCAUCAAUAAGUUUUAAUUACUUGACAUCGUACUGUUCAACUAUAAUGUCCUAUUUUACAACACUGCGCGUAAUGCUAAAUACAGAUUAAAAAAGACCACAACGCCAAUUUAAAUAAUAGUCCUAAACAAUUAAUAUUUGCAUAAAGUUAU